UGCUUCACCGUUAUUGAGAGCUUUGGAUGCACCGAGGGGUGCUGAAGAGGAUGGCCAGGGGAAAGCUUACUUGGCACUGAUCCCUCCUUUCAGUAAAACACUGCAGUUUACAUUUGGCAGCCCUAUUUUUAUUUAUUUAUUUAUUUUUUUAAUGGAGUCUGGGGAGGGGAAGAGACGAGAGGAUGAAUGUGUCAUAAACACGGAUAAUUUUGCAGAGGCCAGUGGGUGCACGUUUUCAGCAAUGCGAUGAGGCCAAUGCACUUUGCAAGAGUUGCGCUCCAGAGAGCCUCCGCGGAUCCCACGACCUGUUGCUGACAAGCCGGGGACUAAGGAGAAGCAGACGGAGAAGUCGGGGUGGAGGGGGAAAGUCGCGCAGCGCCGCUCGGUAGAGACGGAGGGUAGGGUACUGCCUUGGACGGACUCUACGUGGAGGAAAUCAUGCAUCUUGCAAUCUGGCUGGUUGGACUAACGUGUCAUUUGUCAGCACUCGCCAGGGAAACCCUGCAGUACCGAUUGCAUCCGAAACAAGAGAGCUUCAUCAAGCAGCUGUCAUCGUAUGAAAUCAUCACUCCGCUCCGAGUGAACGACUUCGGAGAAUCGUUCCCCCACAAGCUGCACUACAGAAGGAGACGGAGGAGUGCAAGUGAUGACCUGUCGGGCUCGCGGCUUCUCUACAGGAUCGACGCGUUCGGGGAACGCUUCCAUCUCGACCUGAGCGCAGACUCCAGCUUCAUCGCCCCGUCCUACACCGUGACUCAUUUGGGAGCGGAGCGGAGCGGCGACGCGGACUCACACUUCCACGACCCCGGCGAUAUGCGGCACUGCUUUUUCCGCGGGCACGUCAACGCAAAGAGCGAGCACCCCGCUGUGUUCAGCCUGUGCGCCGGUCUGGUCGGAACAUUUACGACGCGGGACGCCGAAUACUUCUUGGAGCCACUUUUGAACCUGUCUGGCGCGGAAUACGAAGAAGAGCACAACAAACCACAUCUCGUCUAUCGACACGAGAGGAGACGAAACACCUCGCAUCCCGAUGAACCCUGUGCUGCCUCGGAGGGCUCUUACUCGAAAUCAAACCUGGGAACUGGAGUGCCGGGUGGUUUGGCAGAAACCUCCAAGAGGUCGGCCCCUUUUGAGAGCAGAGGGAAUAUGGCUGAGGAGCUGGAUUCUCUUACAGCCACAAUCGACCAGCGUCACAUUGAUGAAAACGGCACCAGGCGCGACGGCACGGCCACCCCGCGGCGACGCAAGCGCUUCCUCUCCUACCCCCGCUACGUUGAGCUGAUGGUGACGGCAGACGCCAAAAUGGCCCGUCACCACGGACGCAACCUGGAGCACUACAUCUUAACAAUCAUGUCAGUAGUAGCAGCGGUGUACAGGGACCCCAGUGUAGGGAACCUCAUUAACAUCAUGGUAGUCAAGCUAGUCAUCAUCCACAAUGAGCAGGAAGGACCCACAGUGAGCUUCAACGCUGCCACCACUCUCCACAACUUCUGUGUCUGGCAGCAGAGCCAGAACAUCCAGGACGACGGCCAUCCUUCUCACCACGACACCGCGCUUCUCAUCACCAGGGAAGACAUCUGCCGUGCAAAAGAUAAAUGUGACACUUUAGGACUCGCAGAGCUCGGCACCAUGUGUGAUCCGUUCCGCAGCUGCUCCAUCAGUGAAGAAAAUGGAAUUAGUGCCUCUUUCACCAUCGCUCAUGAGCUGGGCCAUGUGUUCAACAUGCCUCAUGACGACAAUCCCAAGUGCAGAGAGGCGGGCAUGAAGCACCAGUAUCACGUCAUGGCUCCCACCCUCAACUACGACACCAACCCGUGGUCGUGGUCCAAGUGCAGUCGCAAAUACAUCACAGAGUUUCUAGACACCGGAUACGGGGAGUGCCUCCUGGAUGAGCCCGUCGGCAGAACGUAUGAGCUUCCCACACUCCUGCCGGGCCAGAUAUACAACGCCAACAAACAGUGCGAGCUGAUGUUUGGGCCUGGCUCCCAAAUUUGCCCCUAUAUGAAACAGUGCAAAAGGCUGUGGUGUACGAGUGCAGAGGGGGACCACAAAGGCUGUCGCACACAACACAUGCCCCUGGCUGAUGGGACCGAGUGCGGUCAUGGAAUGUAUUGCAAACAUGGGAUGUGCAUAAACAAGGAGUUGGACAUUCAGCCUGUGAAUGGAGAGUGGGGCCCCUGGGGGCCCUACAGCGUUUGCUCCAGGUCGUGUGGUGGAGGAACGAGGAGCACCACCAGAGACUGCAACAAACCUGAGCCCAGAAACGGCGGGAGAUUCUGCGUGGGCCGCAGGAUGAAGUUCCGCUCCUGCAACACUGAGCCGUGUCCGCGGGAAAGGAAGGACUUCAGAGAAGAGCAGUGCUCUCAGUUUGAUGGCAAGCACUUUAAUAUCAACGGCCUACCUCCUGCCGUCAGAUGGGUCCCCAAAUACAGUGGCAUACUAAUGAAGGAUCGCUGUAAGCUCUUUUGCCGGGUCGCUGGCACUAUGGCUUACUAUCAGCUGAAGGACCGCGUGGUGGACGGCACUCCGUGUGGUCCAGACACUUACGACAUCUGUGUUCAAGGCCUCUGCAGGCAAGCAGGCUGUGACCAUGUUCUCAACUCAAAGGCGAGGAAUGACAAAUGUGGAGUGUGCGGUGGGGACAACUCCUCAUGCAAAACUCUGGCGGGGACCUUCAACGACGCCCAGUAUGGCUAUAACACAGUUGUGCGGAUUCCAGCCGGAGCCACCAAUAUUGACAUCAAACAGGUUAGCUACUCUGGAAAACCAGAAGAUGACAACUACCUCGCUUUGUCUGACGGACAGUCCAAGUUCCUCCUGAAUGGGAACUUUGUGGUGGCAAUGUUCAAAAGGGAAAUCACCUUCAAGGGAACGGUCAUCGAGUACAGCGGCUCGGAUACAAAAGUCGAGCGCAUCAACUGCACGGACCGCAUCGAGGAGGAGCUCAUUUUACAGGUCUUGUGCGUGGGAAACCUUUACAACCCAGAUGUGCGUUACUCCUUCAACAUACCCAUCGAGGAGCAAAGGGAGCAGUUUGUGUGGGAUCCCUCUGGCUCCUGGCUUGAAUGCAGCCGCCUUUGUCAAGGUGAGAGACGACGGAAGGCAGUGUGCGUUCGGGACAGCGAUCACCUUGAAGUAUCCGACCAACACUGUGAACAUUUACCUCGCCCCGUUGCUUUUACUGAGCCCUGCAACACUGACUGCGAAGUCAGAUGGCACGUCGCUGGAAAGAGUGAGUGUUCGGCGAAAUGCGGCCCCGGCUACCGCAGCCUGGAUGUUCAGUGUAUGAAGUAUAGCCAGAUGGAGAGUCGGAGCGAGAGGAUGGAGGCCGGCGUCUGCGGCGAAAUCGCCAAACCUCAGACGAGGGAGACCUGCCACGGGGAUUGUCUGCUUAAGAGCUGGCAGUACAGUGCAUGGUCGCAGUGCUCUAAGACGUGUGAACGUGGGAUUCGUAGCAGAGAGUCUUACUGUAUGAACAACCUGGGCCGGCGGUUGGUGGACAGAGAGUGCAGCGACUACGAGAGGCUGGUGACCGAGUCCUGCAAUGACCAGCCGUGUCCAAAGUGGACAGUCAGUGAGUGGAGCGAGUGUCUGGUGACUUGUGGGAAAGGAAUGAGGCACCGCCAAGUGUCCUGCACUACGGGAGCUGGGGAGGAAAAGCUGAGCGAACAUUUCUGUGACCCAUCCAGUAAACCUUCCACUGUGGGGAGCUGCAAACUCCCCGAGUGCGCAACGUGGCAGGUCGGCGUCUGGGGAGCGUGUGCAGUGACCUGCGGACUUGGGUACCAGAUGAGGGCUGUGAGAUGCGUCUCAGGGGACUACGGCGACUCAGUUGACGACAGAGAGUGCAACGCUGCAGCGAGGCCCAGAGACAGCCAGGACUGUGAGAUGCCUGCAUGUCCCCGGACCUCUGGAUCUCAAAUUACACCUCGCCCUGACAACACUGUUCAGCUUGAGACUCAGUGGAGAUUCGGCUCCUGGACUUCUUGCUCUGUGUCCUGUGGCAAGGGGAAGCUCGCGCGUUACGUCAGCUGCAGAGACGCAGAAGGCGGAGUGGCUGACGAAUCGUACUGCGCUCACCUGCCGCGCCCCCCGGAGUUCUCCACCUGCUUCAGCCCCUGUGGUCAGUGGCAUGCCGGAGAAUGGUCUGCUUGUUCGGUGACAUGCGGCGUCGGACGAACCACCAGACACUUGGUCUGCUCCAACUACCACCAGCCAGUGGACCAGUCGUUCUGCGAUCCCGACGAGAGGCCCGCAGCCGAGCAAGAGUGCACGGCUGCUCCCUGCCCCUCUGCCUACAACCGUCAGCACAUUUACGAACAACCCUACGGAUAUCCUCAGGAUCCAGGACAUCAUCCGGGACACAGCAGCUGGAACGUCCCGUCCGCAGACAACCAGUGGAGGACAGGACCGUGGGGCGCAUGCUCCAGCACCUGUGCGGGAGGCUUCCACAGGCGAGUGGUGGUCUGCCAGGACGCCGAUGGGCGGAGCAACAGCUACUGCGACGAAAGGGUCAAACCUGCCGAGUCCAAGAGCUGCGACUCCGGGCCCUGCCCUCUGUGGAACUACGGGGUCUGGGGAGAGUGCACCCAGACUUGUGGCGGAGGGAGGAAGACUCGCCUAGUGGUCUGUCAACGGCCCAGCGGGCAGAGACUCAACGACUACAACUGUGACGUCCUGGACAAGCCGCCUGAUGUGGAGCAGUGCAACCUCCAGUCCUGCCCAGGCGCCGCGACCUGGCAUCGCCGACCGUGGAAGCCGUGUUCAGUGAGCUGUGGCCGCGGCACCAAGCAGCGGGAGAUAGCCUGUGUUGUCCAGAACCAAACCCAAAUAAAGGAUGCGCACUGCAGCCAUCUGCCCCGGCCGCGCGCGCAGAAGGCCUGCCGAGCCCGAGGAUGCCCUGCCUGGAAAGCCAACAGGUGGCGGGAGUGCUCCGUCACCUGUGGGUCAGGAGUUCAGGAGCGAGAUGUUUAUUGCAGGCUCAAAGGUUCGGGGCAAGUCAGAGAAGACCUCUGUAGUCCUCACUUACGUCCUCCAACAGUCCAAGUGUGCCAAACAGCAGAGUGCACCCGUUACACCUGGGUGACGGGUGAAUGGGAGCAGUGCAACGCAACGUGUGGGGAAGGGAUGAAGAGCAGAACGGUGAGAUGUGUCGGCCCGGGCCCCACACCUGCCCACGAUGACCGCUGUGGACCGUCCACCAGGCCCCCAUCUCUCCAUCGCUGCAGAGAGGAGCCCUGUCCCUACACGUGGAUAACAGGGGAGUGGUCACAGUGCUCCGCCAGCUGUGGCGUCGGCUACCAGCAGCGUUUUGUCUCCUGCUCUUUGUUGCCCUCCUCUUUGCACUCCCAGCGUUUCCACACUCAGCCGUCCUCUGCAGGCAAAAUCUGCCCUGAACCUCACCCUCCUGCCACUCAGCCAUGCUUCCUCAGGGAGUGCCCUCACACCUCCUACUGGAAAGUUGGCCCUUGGACCAAGUGUUCGCUGACCUGUGGGGCAGGAAUGAUGGAGCGUAGGGUGGAGUGUGUGACCUCCGAGGGGCAAAUGUCUAAACACUGCCGUCCAUCAGACAGACCGGAAUCACAAGCUGCGUGUCAAGAGAGACAAUGCCAGGUGUUCACUUCUUGCCGAGACAUUCAGCGGACCCAGCGUGUGAGGAUGGACGGGGAAUACUAUCUCAAGGUCAAGUUUCGGACUCUGCAGAUUUACUGCGCUGAGAUGCAGACGGAUUUCCCGAAGGAGUACGUGACACUGCGCAGCAGUCAGACAGACAACUACUCUGAGGUGUACGGCCACAGGUUGAUCAACCCCUUCGAAUGUCCGUACAACGGCAGUCGCAGGCAGGACUGUGAGUGCAGAAAUGACUAUUCGGCAGCAGGGUACACGCUCUUCCACAAAGUUCGCCUGGACCUGAGCUCCCUUCGGAUAAUGAUCACAGACCUCCAGUUUUCCCAGACUAUUCAUGGGCGGCCUGUCCCAUUUGCUACAGCAGGAGAUUGUUAUAGUGCAGCCAAGUGCCCACAGGGCCAAUUUAGUAUCAACCUGAUUGGAACGGGCCUUAAAGUGGCUCCAAACACCAAGUGGACAUCCCAAGGGAACUACGUUUCCGUUAAAGUCCACAGAUCUGAGGACGGAACAAGAAUUUACGGUCGCUGCGGCGGUUUCUGUGGGAAGUGCAUUCCCCACGCUCAUAAUGGUCUUCUCCUCCAAGUUCACUGAGAGCCAAGUCGAAAACAAAUCUCUAAAUUCAGUUUGAUGACAGUGGGCCAGGAACACACAAUAGGAGUCAUUUGUUGGAUCCAGUCGUCGGCUGUGAGCACGGAGGAGGGGCGUCAGCUGUGACAUCUCCGGUUCCCAGAUGGCAGCUAAAGGAUACCCAACACAGUCCACUAAUGCUGCAUGCUGUCACCGUUAAGUGUUUCCUUAAAACUGAAGACGAGCCAGCCUUGUUUGCUUGCCAGCCAUUUCGCUGUGGCACGUUUUGUGGUUUGGAAAUGUAUUUACUGAUAUAAUUAUAUUACCAAGGGAGUCGGGACCUGUUGCAAGAACUCGAAACAGAAGGAAAACAGCUUCAUGUUCUCUCUUAUCAAGUUAAAUAUUUUCAUCUUAAAACCGUCUUUUCUGAAUUUCAAUUCUGUUCCUCCUGGCGACAGUUUUCAGGAAGCGUUAUACACUAAAACAUUAAGAAAUUAAUGGUUCUCUUGCUGUGCUACGUAAUGAGAGUAAACGAAUAGCCACUUUGAGAAAAUAUAUAACUAUUGUAAUUACAGGGUGGGCCAUAAGUUUCCACACAUAGGAGAAUGUAAAAUGUAUAUUUAUUUUAUAUUUCAGAUACCCAAGAAGAUGCGUUUGACAAAAGAGCAAAGAAUUGAAAUUAUACUGAUGGCCGGAUCGGGAAGCGGUCGCAUGGUUACACGAAACUUUAACAGAAAACAUGGAACGAGCAUCACACA